GACAGUUCAAAGUCAACAUUUGCAUUCAAAAGAGCACAUAAAGUAAAUACAUUAUCUGUAUAUAUAUAGACAUUAUUAGUCGCCCUUCAUGAUUAAAAACAUCUACACACAUUCUUCUGUCACAAAAUUAAAAGCAUAAUACCAAAUUUGAGCUAAGAUCGAUCGGAGAUUCAAUUCAGAGAGAAGAAAUAUAAUGGAAGGAUUAAUCCCAUAUCUGCUCCACGCCGUCAGGAAGCAAAAGCCUCGCCAUCACCACCACACCCUCGGCCGGUGCCUGUCCGACAACUCCAACCGGAGCUACCACCCGCUGAUCGGGCCUGAACCCGGCGAGGGCUCUACCCAUCGGAGAACAGUCUCCGACUUCCACGCUCCUGCUAUGCUUGAACCUUUUCCCGAUCAGAGCUCCGUCAGCAACAGAUCCUCUGCUCAGUCUGCUUCCGGCGGCGGGUCAGUGAUGUCUCCGGCUGCCGAUUCAUCAAAAUUACCAAAUAACCAUAGACCCAAUUCCGAUAUUUUAUUUGCUCCUUCGACAAGCGGCUAUCAAGCUUAUUCAACGGCCACCGCGGUCAAUCACCGACGAUGAAUUCAAACUCCGGCUUGAUCGCCGGCAUAUGUAAAAUUGUAUUCCGUGCUCUGUAUUUCAUCACCCACUUUUCAAACCGUGUGAUAUUUGUAUUAAUUUGACUUUAUUAUGGAUGUACUCCGUAUAUAUUUUCAUUGUACUUUAUUUUGGAUGUAUUUGAGUCACUUCUCGAUCUUCCUAAGCACCGAUGAGGUAAAUUGUAAAUUUUUACUCAUUUUUAAAAUAUACUAGAUUCUCACCCGCGCGAUGCGCGGGAUAUUAAAAUGUAAUGGCGAUGCUACAUUAUUUGUAAAAAUUACUUGGUCGUGUUAAAUGUAUGAAAAUUGUUAUAGACGUGACAUGCA